AGAAUUGUUUUCUUUCGAGUUUUCAGCAAAAAUAUAAGUGGAGCUAUCAUGGCUCAUCAUCGUUUGCAUAAUAUUUCGCAAUCGAUCAUAUUCAUCAAUAUACAGAAGUUUUCAUGUGUAUAUUUGUUUCUAUUGUUUAUAUUGAGCAAAGCUUCGAAAUUUUGAGCUAUAUAAGUAUAACAAAUAUUACAAAUUUAUUUUGAUAUUUGUCAUAUUUGUGAUCUCCAAAUUGGAGGUUAUGUUGACAUGUGUGUCACUUUUCUCAAAUUGUCGAUAAGUUUAGAUAAUUUAUUUGCAUCAAUCAGUUAUGAUUGAUCGCUUUGUAACCAAAAAAUGGCAUUAAAUAACAAAUAUUUGUUUGAUAAUUUGAGCAUAAAAGGUCAAUGACACAAAUAUGGAUAUAUGUAAGUUCUCUGCGUCCACAGUUCUUUUUAUCAACUUUGAACAAGUGAAGAUUAUAUUGAAGAAAUGAUACGUAUGAUAAAAGACAACGAAAUUGUGUCUGAAAAAAGUGAUGUUACCGAAUUUUAUUCAAAUUGUAAUAUUUUCAUAACUGGCGGAUCUGGUUUUAUUGGAAAAUUACUUUUGGAAAAAGUUCUAAGAUGUUUUCCUAAUAUGGGUAAAUUAUACAUGAUGUUGAGGCCUAAAAAAGGAAAAUCUCCAGAGGAACGUUUUAAAGAACAUUUCGAUGAUCCUUUGUACGAAAGAUUAAAACAAGAACAACCGGAUUAUGCGUCAAAAAUUUUUAUAAUUGAAGGUGACACUGAAAAAUUUGAUUUGGGUUUAUCUCCGAACGAUCGGGAAUUAAUUAUCAAAAAUACUCACAUAAUUUUCCAUGCGGCAGCGACUGUUCGUUUUGAUGAAAAGCUUCGUCAGGCUGUAAAUAUUAAUGUGAGAGGUUUGCAAUUAAUGCUCCAGCUUGCCAAGGAAAUGAAGAAUCUUAAGGCAUUUGUUCACAUAUCGACUGCUUUUGCACACUGCAUUUCCAAAGAUAUUGAUGAAAAAUUCUAUCCUCCUCCAAUGGACGUGAAUAAACUUUUGAGCCUUUUGGAUUUGUUGGACGAUGAACAAUUGGAGUAUUUGACUCCCUUACUUUUGGGAAAAUGGCCAAAUUCGUAUGCCUUCUCAAAGGCAAUGGCUGAAGAAGCUGUAAGAAGAUAUUCGCCUGGAAUUCCAAUUUGUGUCGUUCGUCCAUCGAUUGUCGUGUCAACAUGGAAGGAGCCAAUCGCCGGUUGGACAAACAAUCUUUAUGGAGCCACAGGUGUUGUUGUGGGUUCUGGAAUUGGAUUACUUCGCACUCUCCACUGUGUGCCAAAUAAUGUCGCAGAAAUCAUUCCCGCUGAUAUAGUCAUCAACAAUAUUGUCGUUGCUGCUUGGGAUAUUGCUCAACAAUGGAAUGAAAAAUUAAUAAUCGAGGAAGAACCUCCAGUUUUCAAUUGUAUAUCAUCAAAUUUAAAACCAAUUACUUGGGGGAGAUUUAUGGCUUUAAAUCAAAGUUUUGGAUUUGAAUUGCCGAGUAAAAAUACAAUUUGGUAUAAUGUGAUGAUUUUGAAUGAAAAUUUUUGGUUACAUACUUUUUGUAUGAUCUUUUUGCAUUUGGUACCAGCUGCAAUAGUCGAUUGUAUAUUGUAUCUUAUGGGAAAGAAGCCAAUGUUACUGAAGGCAUAUAAAAAAAUCCACAAAUUCAUGGGUGUUAUUGCAUAUUUCUCGAGUCAAGAGUGGAAUUUUCAUAGUGACAGCAAUCAAGCAUUAUUUAAAAAAUUGAAUUCUUUAGAUAGACAAAAAUUUGAUUUUGAUUUGAAUGAUUUGGAUUGGGAGAAUUAUAUGCAUUAUCACGUAAGAGGCCUUCGUCUUUUUGUUUUAAAAGAUACAAUGGAUACAAUUGAGGAAGGAAAAAUUCAUUACAGGAGAUUGAGAAUUGCUCAUUAUGCGGUAGUAACUGCGGUGUUUUGUUUAUUGGUUUGGUUGAUGUUUUCACUUCUUCGUUAUCUAUUUUUUAUGGUAUUUUAGUUGAAUUAUAAUUUAAUUUUUAAUUUUAUAUUCUCUGUAAAAAAAUCCUGAAUUGCUUUUGAUGAAAAUAAAAUUUAAUUGUAAAUUUUAUUGAAAUUAUGUC